GGUAGUUGUAGUUUGAGGCUGAGGAGAGACUACAGAGGAGUCUACAAGGCUGAGCGGAGACUACGAAGGCGGAGAGACUACAAGUCCCAGGGGGAGAGGCGCGACCGCCUGGAGGGCGGGGGGUACGAAAGAGGAACGCGAAGGGCGCCGGGGCCCGGGACCAGGGAUCUGCGGCUUCUUAGCAACCCCACCCUGCCCCCUGAGCACUGGGCGACAGGCUCUGGAUGUCUGCAGCUCCCAUCCCAGAAGGCCAGACCCUGCGCUCUGGGACAUGGAGCUCCAGCGCGCUGUCCUUCUGGCGGGUCUCCUGGUGGAAGUUGCUAGCAAAUCCUCAGAAAGUGUGGGCCAGCAGCCUGAAUGUUGUGUGGACUUGGUGGAUGUCAACGCCACCUGCCAGAGCACAAGCCCGUGUGGCCCAGGCUGCUACAGGCACCGGAACGAAGACGGCAGUAUCAGCUGCGUCCGAUGCAGAAAUGGCACCUACCACGGCUCCGAAUGCAGAGGCCGCACGUCGCUGCCCGGCCGCCCCGCGGCACCCCCCACCGGGCCCGCCUGGCCUGCUUCCCGCCGAGGGGCCUCCUCUCCAAGUUCUGGAGGAACGGCCGCUGGCUGGGGCACGCACUUCCCGGUGAACAGGAGCACAGGGACACCGGGGCGGCCUGAUUUCGGGGGCCCUCAAGUGGCAGCCUCUCUCUUCCUGGGGACAUUCUUCAUCAGCUCUGGCCUCAUCCUCUCCGUGGCUGGGUUCUUCUAUCUGAAGCGAACCAGUAAACUCCCCAAGGUCUUCUACGGAAGAAACAAAGCCCCUGCCCUGCAGCCUGGCGAAGCUGUAAGUAACCAGAAGGAUGGGCUGAGUGCCCCCGUGUCAUGGGCCUCUGUGCUGGGGGCCGCCUGCACUUCUCACUGUGCCUUUUCUCCUUUUCAAGGCUGCUAUGAUUCCCCCGCCACAGUCCUCAGUGCGGAAGCCGCGCUAUGUCAGACGCGAGCGGCCUUUGGACAGGGACACAGGCCCCACUGCCAUCUCCUCGGUGGAGGCCCGGGUCAGCAACGUCUGACCCGGGGACCCACCCACAACUCUGCACACCGCCUCGGAGAGAGCCCAGCACACAGAGGGCAGGUCUGGACACGGCCCCUGGCUCAGCUUGACCGUCUCCCAGCGACAGAUGCCCAGUUGGAACCCGCCCAGCUGCUGGAAGCACUAGGAGAAUCACUGAAAGCCGGAAGAGGUCAGAGGCCAGCAAGAGGAAGCACUCCAGCAGCAUUAGGAGGUGGGUGCACAGAGCAGGACCGAGUGGGGCGCAAGGAGGUAAUGUGAGUGCAGAGGUCCUGGCCAGGAGCCUGGGCACAAGACCCCAGAAGGAGUUGGCCGCAGCAUGAUGGGGGAGGGCUGGCCGAUUGACCUUAGGGGACCCGGUUCUCCAUGCUGGGCAUGAGAGGGACAGGACUGGUUGAGUCCACCGGACAUCCUGGCAGGGUUCCCUCAUGCCCACAGGGCAGUGCUGAGCCCAUCCAGAGCCCAGGGCCCGUUCUCUGCCCAUGUCAGAAUCGCAGCCCGGAUGUGUCUCAGAGUCUCUCCCGUAUCACUGUCCCUAGCUGGUAGGGAUGGGGCAGCAGAGCAGUUGACAGAUCAGCCAACACUGGGCAGGUAGGGUUGGGGGCUCAGCCCUCACACCCCAGGCCACCUGGGCCCCAGAUGAGCCCUGAAGGGCCUCUUCGUGCAGUGGCCAUUGUGUGUGUCCUUGACAGCACUUGGGGUUUGAAGCCUGUUCUGUCCCAGUCCUGGGGGGGCGGGCCCAUAGCCGAGGUGGCCCUUGGGGUACAGUCCUCCCUGCUCAUCUGGCCAAGGACAACGUCUGUGUCCAGCCCAGGACUCCUAGGUGUCUGGGGAACCCCACAUCUCAAAAGCCACAGAUGGACAGGGGUGAGGUGCUCAUUAGGGACCUUGUCUUCUCCUCAGCACAGCGAGUCCCAGGCCUGUGGGGUCACACACUGAAAGCCAUGCUCCCUGCACAUGUGUGUGUGUGUGUGUGUGUGCGCGCGCACCUGCACCCGAGGGACACAUUUGUGCUCAAACACAGCCAGGUUGGCCUGUUGGCACACAUAUACCCCCUUACACAGAGAGCGCGUGUGGCCCCGCAUCCACGCAGCACAGCUGCCCAUCGCUGGGUGGAGUAUGAGCAGGGGUGUGGGUACCAGCUGGGUCAGCCAGGUCCUGAGCUGCCGAGAUCCCAGUGCCAGGGUCUGGACCCUGCUCCCGUGCAGUCAGGCCUGGCCACCGCCCCAGAUGGCACAUUCCUCGGGUCUUCCCUUUGCCUCUGGGCACUGACUUGUCCACUGAGGAGCUCAAGUGAUCUCAGAGCUUGAAUAUUCCCAGAAGCCCUCAGGAGGGUGUUCUCAGAGCAGAGAGACAGAGGGCACUUCCUGGAGGCAGCAUGUGGCCCUGAGUCAUGGUCCCCUUGGGAACCAGCACCCUGUCACGCAGACGCUGGGCCAGGCCCACACAGUAGCUCCCCACAUUGAGCCCCCAGCCCUCUGAAUUUCCACCCCCUCUCUGGGUCCCUACCCCCUGGCUGAGCUCCCCCUCCCCUGGCCAGCCAGCACACCUCUGUGAACGAGCGGGGUCUCUGGUUUCCCACUGUCAGAGCAGCUGCGACAUGGCUGUGAGGGGCACAAGCCGUACCACUGGCUGGCCUUCAGCCCCCCACGUCCUCCACCCAGGCCCCCAGGCCCUCCAUUCAGC